UUCAAAUCUCAAAACACUUUCUUCUCUCGUUCAAACCAUUUGAUCUCAUCAUCAUCGGCAUCCUCUACUCAAACUGUAAGUAACGCUAAAUCACUGUAAAUAUCAAUCAUCACUCUCUUUAGUUAUCAACUUAGAAUCUUCCUUUUCUAGAUUUAUAAUUAUUUUUUUUCAUUUCCACCCGUAUAUAUUAUUAUUGCCCUAUACAUAAAAGAGUCGUAAAUAAAUUGAAGUCGUGAUUUUAAGUAGUGCAAAAAUAGUUUCAUUUUCUGGGCUGUGGUUAUUUGAUCCUGCAAAUGACUACUGGUAGUUCUAUUGGAAUCUCUACCAUGAAGCCUUGUUGUAGAAUCCUAAGUUGUUCUAAAAAUCCAUCGAUUUUUGGGUUUUCUCCAACCAAGUUUAAUGAUUCAAGGGUCCUGGGCAUGUUGCCCAGAUUACGCCACCCCAAUUCAACCCAUCGCCAUAGAUAUUAUACAUGUAAUACUCAGAUUGUAGGAUACAUACGUGUGAUCAAGCCGAAUCGGGGCGAUUUUAGUGAUUCCGAUUCAAAUUGGGCUCUUUCUAGGAACUUUAGCUCUAGUUUUGGUGUCAAUAUUGGUAGUGUUAGGCCUAGGGUUGUAUCCUUGAUACCGAAUGUGGCUUCGGAUAUUAGAAAUCACUCCACAUCGGUUGAUUCUCAUGUUCAUGACACAAGCUUUGAGAAGAUUUAUAUUCAAAGCGGCUUGAAUGCGAAGCCAUUGGUAAUUGAAAGAAUUGAGACUGAUCAAAGUAAAUUGGAGGAAGUCUCUGAGGAAAGAUGUGACGGGUCAAAUGUAAAUGUAGAUAAUUUGAAGGAUUUGAGUGAGAGUAAGGUUCAGAAGGAGUUGUCUGAGAUUGAAAAGGAAGCUUGGAAGUUGCUUCAAGAUGCUGUUGUCACUUACUGUGGGAAUCCGGUUGGGACUGUUGCAGCUAAUGAUCCUGCGGACAAACAACCGCUGAAUUAUGAUCAAGUCUUUAUCCGUGAUUUUGUUCCAUCAGCGCUUGCCUUUCUGCUCAAUGGCGAAGGGGAAAUUGUCAAGAAUUUUCUACUUCACACAUUGCAAUUGCAGAGUUGGGAGAAGACUGUUGACUGCUACAGCCCAGGGCAAGGGUUGAUGCCAGCAAGCUUCAAAGUUAGAACUGUGCCUCUUGAUGGAAGCAAUGAAGCAUUUGAGGAAGUUUUGGAUCCUGAUUUUGGUGAAUCAGCCAUUGGUCGCGUUGCACCUGUUGAUUCAGGAUUAUGGUGGAUUAUAUUGUUGAGAGCUUAUGGGAAAUUAACUGGUGACUAUGCUUUGCAAGAUAGAGUGGAUGUCCAGACAGGGAUAAGGCUAAUCCUUAAGUUAUGUUUAACUGAUGGAUUUGACAUGUUUCCUUCUCUAUUAGUCACUGAUGGUUCCUGCAUGAUUGAUAGAAGGAUGGGCAUCCAUGGUCACCCUCUUGAGAUCCAAGCACUAUUUUACUCAGCUUUACGCUGCUCUCGUGAGAUGCUGAUAGUCAAUGAUGCAACUAAGAACCUGGUGGCUGCUGUUACUAAUCGCCUGAGUGCACUCUCCUUUCACAUGAGAGAGUAUUAUUGGGUUGAUAUGAAGAAGAUUAAUGAAAUUUAUCGGUACAAGACAGAAGAGUAUUCCACUGAUGCUGUCAACAAGUUUAACAUCUACCCGGAGCAAAUUCCUUCAUGGCUAGUAGACUGGAUUUCUGAGGAAGGUGGAUACUUCAUAGGCAAUUUGCAACCUGCUCAUAUGGACUUUAGGUUUUUCACACUCGGAAACCUUUGGUCCAUUGUUUCUUCUUUAGGCACCACAAGACAGAACACUGGUAUUUUGAAUUUAAUAGAGGCUAAAUGGGAUGAUAUCAUUGGUCAAAUGCCUCUCAAGAUAUGUUAUCCAGCGCUGGAGGGUGAGGAAUGGCGCAUAAUCACUGGCUGUGAUCCCAAAAACACCCCGUGGUCAUAUCACAAUGGCGGAUCUUGGCCAGCACUUCUCUGGCAGUUCACACUAGCAUGCAUCAAGAUGGGAAGGCCUGAUUUGGCACAAAAAGCUGUUGAUUCAGCAGAAAAUAGGAUUUCCGUAGAUAGAUGGCCAGAAUAUUACGACACGCGAAAUGGAAGGUUUAUUGGCAAGCAAUCACGGUUGAUGCAGACAUGGACUAUUGCUGGUUUCUUGACCUCAAAGAUGCUUCUAGAGAAUCCAGAGAAGGCCUCCUUGUUGUUCUGGGAAGAGGAUUUUGAACUUCUACAGAACUGUGUCUGCAUGCUAAGCAAAACUGGUAGAAGGAAGUGUUCCCGUUUUGCUGCAAGGUCUCAAGUUCUUGUUUAAUGAGAAGAAGAUUCUCCCAAUGGUGUCUUGUUCAGUCUCCGAGUAGUGUCACAGUGGCAACUGCAGGGAGGAAUAUAAUUAUUGGUGAACUAAUUUAUUACAAUAAAUGAGUGACUGACACCAUUUAAUAUGGUGGUGGAUGCCACUUUUCAGAACUAAUCUGUGAACUAGUUGUCCUAUUGUUUGGUGACAACGGCUAACUGUAUAACGUAGUUCUGUUGCAUUAUUCAUUUAUGCGGGGUAGUUCACUCCACGGAGAUAGCUACAUGCCCCCUGUUGGCUUUCUACUUGAACUGCAUGUGCUAUGUUCCCUUCACUGUGUAUCAGAUUUGAACAGUACCCACAUUAACUCUAUAUAUUUUUAAAUUUUCUUCAGUGCUUUAGUUAGC